AUGUCAAUCAUCGAAAAUUUACCCCCUCGAUCCCUCAUGAUCGUCACAGCCCUUGGAAUAUUGACCUACCUCCUCUUAAACUUCCUAUGCUCCGUCUGUGAUCCCCUCGAACCUCCUCUGGCUACAACACGAAUUCCGUAUAUCGGUCACAUUCUUGGACUUGGACGACGAAAAUUCAACUACUAUGUUGAUCUGAGCCAGAAAACAUGUCUCCCAAUCCUUACAAUACGUAUUCCGGGCGCCAAAAUGUACAUUGUGAAUACACCCGAGUUAAUCCAGGCCGUCCAAAAACUACCCAAAACACUCGCUUUUCCGCCUAUUUCGGCAAAAUUCGCUAAUCAACUUUGUGGAGUUAGUAGGAAGGCGAGGGACGUAUUGGCGGUUAAUGUUAAUGGAGAUGAAGGCGAUUGGGGUUUGAAUAUGGAGGCGACGCAUGUUAUGAAGAGGGCGACGGCGCCGGGACCAGGCUUGGAUGGCAUGAAUAGGGUCAUGGUUGGGAUUGUUGCGGAGAGCUUGAAUGGAUUGAUUGGGGAGGGAAAGGAGAGUGUGCAGAUUGGACUUCAUGCGUGGUUGAGAGCUUUGAUUACUAUGGCGACGACGGAAUCGGUUUAUGGACCGAGAAAUCCUUACAGGGAUGUGAAGGUUCAGGAUAGCUUUUGGGAGUUGGAGAGUCAGAUGAUGAGAUUGCUAAUCGGAAUACUGCCCUCUAUCUUUGCUCGCAAAGGUGUUGCAGCACGCAGAAGAGUCACAAAAGCUUUCGAAUCAUAUUACGCAGGAAAUGAUUUCAAGGAUGCUUCUCUGCUUGCGCAAGCUCGUCUACAGGUCAAUGUCAAGCAUGGCGUUCCAAUUAAAGAUGUUGCUAGAUAUGAAACUGUCAUCGGAGUUGCUAUUAUUGUCAAUACUGCACCUGCUUUGUUCUGGUUGAUAUUCUUCAUUUUUUCGAACUCCAAGCUCCUGGAGGAAAUACGCGGUGAGAUUGAGGCAAUUGUGGAAACAAGCUGUAAUGAGGAUGGAAGUUUGACACGAAGUCUCGAUCUUACGGAUGUGAAGACAAAAUGCCAUCUUCUACUAUCGACUUUUCAAGAAACCCUUCGUCAUCGAUCUGCCGGGACUUCUGUCCGGAGAGUCAUGGAAGAUACUUUACUGGAUGACACAUGGCUAUUGAAGAAAAACUCCAUUAUUCAAAUGCCCGGUCGUGUUAUCCAUAUGGAUUCCAAGAUCUGGGGACCAGACGUUGCAGAUUUCAAUCCUCGACGAUUUCUCAAAGACAAAAAUAUCAAACGUCCCAACCCAGCUGCGUUUCGUACAUUUGGUGGCGGUACCACUUUAUGUCCCGGUCGCCACUUUGCUACGAACGAGAUAUUGGCUGUCGUUUCGAUGUUUGUGAUGCGGUUUGAUAUGAGGCCAGCCAAAGGAGAAUGGAAACUGCCAAAAUCUGAUAAUACGAAUGUGACUACUGUGAUAAUGGAACCGGAUACAGAUAUCGAUGUAGUAGUGUCUCAAAGGAAAGAGGUUGGGGAUGGAAAUUGGACAUUUAAGUUAUCGGACUCCAAGGCCAUAACUUCGGUUGUUGUUGAGGAUCGUGUUGACUCAUAA